AUGUCAGGACUUUCAGAACCCCAAAGGGGGCCAUCCGAUGACCCCUCACAUUUAGAACCACCACUACCACCACAGACGAAAAGAUCGUCGCCAAAACCACCGCAACCGUCAACAACGGGCCCGAUACCGGAAGAUGAAGCAUUUUCGCAGGAAACAGGAGAUGGGAGACGGCAGACAGAGCAAUUCCCUGAUUCAAUCGAGGCUGAGGAGGGCCCUGAGGAAGAAGACGAGUUCUUGGCUGAGGGAUGGGACGGGUCGUCCAAGGCUUCGACGUCGGUGACGUCGAGCAUUUAUGCACAUACGUAUGAGAAUGGGAGGAGAUAUCAUUCUUAUCGAUAUGGGAGGUACCCAAUUCCAAAUGAUGAUCAGGAGCAGAAUAGGGAGGAUAUGAAGCAUGCGAUGAUGAUGGAGUUGACGGACGGGAAACCCUACCUUUCACCCAUUGGACCCAACCCACAAAAGAUCAUUGAUAUUGGGACCGGCACAGGAAUCUGGGCUAUCGAGAUGGGGGACCUGUUCCCUGGGGCUGAAAUCUUGGGGCUCGAUCUCUCACCGAUCCAACCACAGUGGGUGCCGCCAAAUGUCAGGUUCAUGAUUGACGAUGUCGAAGACGAGUGGGCGAACGGGUCAGACUGGGACUUUGUGCAUUUAAGGGGCAUGGCGCUUGUGCUGAGGGAUUUGCAGAAGGCGGUGGACCAGAUCUAUCAACACCUCAAACCAGGAGGCUGGAUCGAAUUUCAAGAAUCACAUGGGGAACCUCGUUGUGACGACGGAACCAUGGACCCCGAGACGGACGUGAUGAAGAAAUUCUGGGCUUUAUGUGUGGAAGCUAUGGCCAAGUUUGGAAUGAAUUUGAACAUGCCGGCUGUGGUGGGCAACUUUCUUGAACGAGCUGGUUUCGUCAAUAUUACCUGUGUCAAGAAGAAGACACCAGUGGGAACGUGGCCUAAAGAUAAAACGAUGAGGUUGAUUGGGCUGUAUGUGAAAGAGGCCGCGUUGCAGAGCUUAUCAGCGCUGGGGAAAGCCUUUGCAAACUUGGGGAUGGAUGCAGUGGAGAGAGAGGUCUUUAGUGCGAAGGUGAGGGAGGCGGUUAUGGAUGGGAAGGUGCAUAGGUAUUAUUACUUUUAUUUUUGGUUUGCGCAGAAACCGUAUGAUAAUAAGGAGGGUGAUGGGGGUGGGGGAGAUAGUUGA